GAGGCGUCCGAAGACGCCGGAAGGAGCGGCGGCUCCCGAGGGAAGUGCGGGGCUGUGCGGCCGGCCGGUACCGGCGGGCCGCGCUGCGGAGCCCUUUUCCGGCCCUGCCCAGACGAACGCUGUGUCCGCGGCCCUGGGAGAGGAGAACGCGGGACGGGCGGAGGCAUUGAUUGCCUCAUUUGGAGAGCCUUGGAAAACAAGAAAAAAAUUCUAACAAAAUGACGACUUUUCGAAAUCAUUGUCCACAUUUGGAUUCAGUUGGUGAAAUAACAAAAGAGGAUUUGAUACAAAAAUCUCAUGGUACUUGUCAAGACUGUAAAGUCAGAGGACCAAAUCUUUGGGCUUGCCUGGAGAAUAGAUGUUCCUAUGUUGGCUGUGGUGAAUCACAAGUAGAUCACAGCACCAUACAUUCUCAGGAGACAAAACAUCAUCUAACUGUGAACCUUACCACUCUCCGAGUGUGGUGUUAUGCUUGCAGCAAAGAAGUAUUUUUGGAUAGAAAAUUAGGAACGGCUUCAUUGCCUCAUGUAAGACAACCUCAACAGACACAAGAAAACAGUGUCCAGGAUUUUAAAAUACCUAGUAAUACGACAUUGAAAACUCCUCUGGUUGCUGUAUUUGAUGAUCUGGAUAUAGAAAUAGAAGAAGAAGAUGAACUUAAGGCCAGAGGCCUUACAGGUUUGAAAAAUAUUGGAAAUACCUGUUAUAUGAAUGCAGCUCUGCAGGCUCUUUCUAAUUGCCCACCUUUGACACAGUUUUUUCUUGACUGUGGAGGACUAGCUAGAACAGAUAAGAAACCAGCUAUUUGCAAAAGUUAUCUCAAACUAAUGACAGAAUUAUGGCACAAGAGCAGACCAGGGUCUGUUGUGCCUACUAAUCUGUUUCAAGGAAUUAAAACUGUAAAUCCAACAUUUCGAGGCUAUUCUCAGCAGGAUGCCCAAGAAUUCCUUCGAUGUUUGAUGGAUCUGCUUCAUGAAGAAUUAAAAGAGCAGGUCAUGGAAGUAGAAGACGACCCUCAGACCCUGGCUUCUGAGGAGACCAUGGACGAAGAGAAGAGCCAGUCGGACGUGGAUUUUCAGUCCUGCGAGUCUUGUAGCAGCAGUGAGAAAGCUGAGAACGAGCCUGGCUCCAGAGGCUUUCCUGAAGACAACAGUGAGACCACCAUGCUGAUUCAGGACGAUGAGAACAACCCUGAGAUGUCAAAAGACUGGCAGAAAGAGAAGAUGUGCAAUAAAAUCAAUAAAGCAAAUUCUGAAGGAGAACUGGAUAGAGACAGAGACGCUGUGUGUGAAACCAUUGAUUUGAACAGCCAGGAGACUGUCAAAGUGCAGAUACACGGCCGUGCUUCAGGAUACAACACUGAUGUCCACUUGAAUGACCUGUCUACACCACAGAUUCUUCCAUCAAAUGAAAAUGUUAAUCCACGUUUCUCAACAAGCCCUCCUAAGUCAGGCAGUUUGUGGCCAGGAUUGACACCACCCCACAAAAAAGCUCAGCCUACCUCUCCUAAAAGAAGAAAGCAGCAUAAGAAGUACAGAAGUGUUAUUUCAGACAUAUUUGAUGGAACCAUCAUUAGUUCAGUGCAGUGUCUGACCUGCGAUAGGGUGUCUGUAACCCUCGAGACCUUUCAAGAUCUGUCCUUGCCAAUUCCUGGCAAGGAAGACCUUGCUAAGCUGCAUUCUUCAAGUCAUCCAACUUCUAUAGUCAAAGCAGGAUCAUGUGGCGAAGCGUAUGCUCCACAGGGGUGGAUAGCCUUUUUCAUGGAGUAUGUGAAGAGGUUUGUUGUCUCAUGUGUCCCUAGCUGGUUUUGGGGUCCAGUAGUAACCUUGCAAGAUUGUCUUGCUGCCUUCUUCGCCAGAGACGAACUGAAAGGUGACAAUAUGUACAGUUGUGAAAAAUGCAAAAAGUUGAGGAAUGGAGUAAAGUUUUGUAAAGUACAAAAGUUUCCUGAGAUUUUAUGUAUUCACCUUAAAAGAUUCAGACAUGAACUGAUGUUUUCCACCAAAAUCAGCACCCAUGUUUCAUUUCCGCUAGAAGGGCUGGACCUGCAACCAUUUCUUGCAAAGGACAGUCCUGCUCAAAUUGUGACCUACGAUCUUCUGUCAGUCAUAUGUCACCAUGGCACUGCAAGUAGCGGACACUACAUAGCCUACUGCCGAAACAGCUUAAACAACCUGUGGUAUGAAUUUGAUGAUCAGAGUGUCACUGAAGUCUCAGAGUCAACUGUACAGAAUGCCGAGGCCUAUGUCCUCUUCUAUAGGAAGAGUAGUGAAGAGGCACAAAAGGAGAGGCGAAGGAUAUCAAAUUUGUUGAACAUAAUGGAACCUAGCCUUCUUCAGUUUUAUAUUUCUCGACAGUGGUUGAAUAAAUUUAAGACCUUUGCUGAACCUGGCCCUAUUUCAAAUAAUGACUUUCUCUGUAUUCAUGGAGGUGUUCCACCACGAAAAGCUAGUUAUAUCGAAGACUUAGUUUUGAUGCUGCCUCAGAACAUUUGGGAUAACCUAUAUAGCAGGUAUGGAGGAGGACCAGCUGUCAACCAUCUGUACAUUUGUCACACUUGCCAGAUUGAGGCAGAGAAAAUUGAAAAACGAAGAAAAACUGAAUUGGAAAUUUUUAUUCGGCUCAACAGAGCGUUUCAAGAGGAGGAUUCUCCAGCCACUUUCUACUGUAUCAGUAUGCAGUGGUUUAGAGAAUGGGAGAGUUUUGUGAAGGGUAAAGAUGGAGAUCCUCCAGGUCCUAUCGACAACACUAAGAUCGCAGUCACUAAAUGUGGUAAUGUGAUGCUCAGGCAAGGAGCAGACUCUGGUCAAAUUUCUGAAGAAACAUGGAAUUUCCUGCAGUCUAUCUAUGGUGGAGGGCCUGAAGUUAUCUUACGACCUCCUGUUGUUCACGUUGACCCUGAUAUACUGCAAGCAGAAGAAAAGAUUGAAGUAGAAACUCGCUCUUUAUAAUUUCGAGGAGAUAGAGAGUUCUAGUGAGAAACCAUUUUCACUUCCCUUGACACAUACACAGUCAAAACAUUCCUUAAAGCAUGUUUAUUUUCUUGACUUUUUUCAUCUUUUAGACAUUUCUUAUUGGGCAUUAUGGAAGAAUAUGUUGAAAUGUGUAAUAUAGGUUGGUAUAUUUAAUGUUAAAUAACUUACUAUAAUGUUUUUCAGUGUAAUGUUUUGAAAGAAAAGGGACAGUUGUGAUCAAUUGGUAAUUAGGAGGGUAUCUCUGAUCUUCAUGCUACAUGUAGGGCAGAUCCAUAAUACCGUCUGUAGCAUUGUAAAUACUUUCGCUUUGAAAACUUUCAUUACCCUCAACUACCAUAACCAAUCUUUUUAAUUUUCAAAAGUCUAAUUUAAUUGUAUAGUUUUGACAUGGCUUGGCGUAGUAAAGAGCCUAUUUUAAAUUGAGAGUAAUGAUCAGAAAAUUGUUAAUUUCCUAAAGCUCAGGAAACAUUAGGAUGUCACUUCUUUUGCACUGCAGCAUAUAAAUUAGCAUAUUAAAAUUUACAAAAUGUUUUGAAUGUAUCAGGAUGUAUUUAGUUUGAGUGGAAUUUGUCAUGAAAAUAGUAACUUAUUGCCGCUUAUAAUGUAAAAUGUUAAACUUUAAUUCUAUAGCCCUGAAUAGUAUUCAGUAAUGUCAGCGACUAAAAGAACCCUUAGGAGUUAGUUUUAGGCACAUUUUAUUUUGAGAGCAUGAAGUAUGGAAUGUAUCAGAUGAGGUUGUUGAUAAAGCUGAAACCACUUGCAAAAUGAUUUUUUAAAUGAAAUGCAUAAAAUGUUUUUGAAUAAUAUAGUAUGCACUACUGUUUGCUUGAUUAUGUAAUGUCAAAAGUUUAACUCUAUUCCAAGUACAAAAAUGUACUGAACUACCCUCCAGACGGUGAGUUGUAUUCAUGAAGAGUCAUGUGUGGGGCAGUGGCACCGUCUAAAGCAAUGUUAAAAUUAGUUCAAUAAAAGCAAUUUUAAAUAUGUAA